GUGGUGGUGGUGGUGCCGAGGACAGUAGUGCCUUCCUCGAUGAGUUCUACUCCUUUGGUGCCCUCAAACGUCUCUGCCACAGACACACAAAGAAACUGGCGCAUGAGAUCAACCGCUUGAAGGUGAGUAUCUCAGACAUGCGCGCUCUUACCACACUGUCCUUCAUUUUGUCAACUGCUGUCGUACUUUGUCUCGUUUCGGAGAAACCACUAGGGUACGUGUAUUUUAAGCGGCUUGAUUCGGUCGACCGCACGUCGUAAGGUCACCUCAUCACAGAAAAUCGCUUUUACUUGCCAGUCAGUCAGCGGCGGACUACCGAACAAUGUUGGCACGGCAGACUUCAUGACCUUCGACGCCGUUACCAGAUAAGAACCGGGCUUCACUGAGAUGACGUCUCGGACGAUUUCACUUUCAGGCCGGCGCAGCACGUCACCUAAUCACUUCAGUCGUCAAGUGAGGGUGCGGCAGGCCGUUCUUCUUGCCGACCGAAUGUACAAUUGUUUAUUCGAAACAUUGUAGGAGGAAUUAAUUCCGAGAAUGGAGGGCAAGCCACAUCCACCGAAAACCCCCGGCGGCUCGUAUCUUCUGCGCGUACAGGCCAUUUCUCACAGCCGUACAGGAGUUUAAUCUUAACGGGGACCUGGCACGUUUUCUCUUUAGAUUGAUCCCGUGCAUCGACGAAGUUAGGCGAAGGCCACUUGCGCUUGAUUAAUCCCGCAAUCGAGUUCUUCAUUAACUUAUCAGCGUGGCUGAAGGUAAUUUAAACCCAAAAGUACAAACUGUCCAUCGGUCUAAGAGAGCCAGUGUCUGCCGUAACCAAGCAGGUUGUUCGAUCAUUGUUUUGAAGGGCUUCACCUCCAAGCCCACUUCCUCUGCUUUCAAACCUAUAUGGGACACGUGAGAUAGUCAACGCCGCAACGUCCUCGGCGUAGUUACUAUUUGUAACGUGCGCGCCAGGACCUACGGCAACGCCGGGGUGAUUUGCUAACGUGUGCUUAGGAAUUCCGUCUAUGAAGUAGUUGGGCAGAAGUAGUGAGAGAACAGAGCGCUGACGGUCGCCGACGACGGCAUCGAAUAAGCCACACCUCACCUCACUCGCAUCACUUGAUGGUAGGCUUGAAUCGUUCGGAACUCUUUCGUGACGUGAGCGGCCACUAAAAGGCACUAGAGCAAGCUGAUAGUAGUAGUAGUAGUAGCAGCAGCAGCAGCAGCAGCAGUAGUAGUAGUAGUAGCGUUGGAGAAAACGAUGAGUGUUACUUAACGCUGUCCGUCCAGACCGAAAGCCGUUAGAUGAAGCACGUUCGAUAUCUCGGGCAGCUUAACUUCAGAUUUCGUUGCGGUUGUGUUGUCAUACCUCCUGAUUAAACUCGAGUCGUCUGGCGGGGUCUCGUAGCUCAAGUGGUUAGAGCGUUGGCUGAACUAAAGCCUUCCUCUUACUGCGUGGGUUCGAAUCCCACCGAGGCGCCGAGUUUUGCACAGUUGGGUCAAUAUGAAUGCCUCCUGGUGUCAUGGCACAGCUUCCUGAAGUUGGGGUAGUUAUAAAGCCAAGUAUUCUGUAGCAUCGUCCGGUCGAAUCCUUUCGCCAGAACCCCAGUACUUCGGGUGCCACACUCUAUGACCUAUCUUAUCUGGGGAGAAGCAUUCUGGAGAGUAUGCUCCUUUUCAAGUUGGCCGCCUUUUACUGAGAGGCCAUGGAAUGCGUCUGUUUGUCGGUGUGUCAAAGGAAUGGGAAGCAGCAAAACGUACCUGACAGGAUCCCUGAGAUGCAUAAGGCCUUUCUUUUCAGAUCAUAUCUUUCUGACAAUACGUGUGUAGUAUAAACCGCAACUCAGCCCUCAAUGACAAAGGGCAACCUUGGCAUUGUAAAAUGCUACUGAUUGACUGUUAAGUCUAACUGUUUAUUCGCCGCCUUUUUGGUCAAAGCACGCCUUAGACGUACAUUGUUUCCUGUCCAUUUCUCACCUCCCAUCUCUCCCCCCCCCCCCUCUCUUUUAACAGGAGCUUGAAGAGGCGAAAAAGGCUGAACUGAAUAGAGAAUUCAUCAACUUCAUCAAUGCGAAAAAGAAGGCAGUAGGCAGACUGCAAGAACAGCACGAAAGAGAUCUGGAACUGGCCAUGAAGAAGGCUGCCGAGGAUGAAGCAAAGUACUUGCGUCAGCUGGAGGCCGAUGUAAAGGCGCAACUGAAGAUGCGGCGAAAGUCCUACAAUCGGCCGAAGAGUAUGGCCGGCUUUCCGGGCUCGGGGUCCCCCUUCAACGACCCUC